GUUUGGGUUUGGCGUUUGCUGCUUAGUGCUUUUGUCAUUCACUCAAGUUAAGUCAAACUCCGACAACCGAAAAGAUGUGCCCGUGUUGAACUGUUUAAUUCAUAAAAACCUAUUUAAUAAAAUCUCAAUUUGAACAGUUAAAUCCAUCAUAAAAACUCUUUAAUAUGUUUUUGGUUUUUAAUAGAAGUGUAGUUGCUUUGUGUUCUUUUAUAUUAUCAGUGAACAUUGAUUCUGUAACGUAAUUGUUUAGUGUUAGUGACUUUAUUCGUAAAAUUUAAAGAUACUUUUUGCCAGUGACGUUCUUUUUAAAAGAUGAAUAUAUCAAUCCUAAAAUAAACCCAAAACUGUAGUUGGUACCGUACUGCAGUGUCAACAUGAAUAUUUGGUUUAAAGGAUUCAGGACGAACUUAAAUUAUUUUAUCUCGGUGUUAUCUCAUUUGCAUGGCAGUACUUGAAAUUUGUGUUUAGGGUCGGUUGGUAGGACUUUUUCAUUAUGAAACGACAAAAGUGAACUAAAAUCGUCACCGUGGAGCAUCUGGUUGGAGGAGGUGGCGCGGGCGGUUUGCUGCCCGGCGCUUCGCCCGCCCAGCAUCCGCCUAAUAUGCUACAGCCUAUGGAGGAAAUGAUUCUACCUCCCAAACGACAAGCUGUUGUAGACCGCUUAAGGCGUAGGAUAGAAACUUAUCGACGACGCCAGUCCGAGUGCGUACCAAGGUUCGAUCAGUCGUUCAGUGGAGCAUGCGAACAGCAAAACCUGGAGACGAGCGCCCUGCAGAAGCGCUUUCUUGAAGGAAAAGCAAAACGGCAAGCCAAGAAAAGCGAGCGCAAACCUGAUCUUCCAGCCAUUUCGAGCAAUCUACAUAGUAGCGUUGUCCAUGUACAACAAAAAUUUGGAUGUGGUGAUUAUGAACCUCCGGCAAAGCUUCAAUGCGGGGGUGGAGGAGUCACUGGCGAGGCACUCACCAAAUUCUCGGUUGAAAUAGUUCAACAGCUCGAGUUCACAACUUCGGCAGCUGAUUCGCAACCGCAGCAGAUAUCCACAAAUGUCACCGUAAAGGCGCUCGCCAAUGCUGUAAAGACCUCUAGCUCUCCGCCCCCGCAGCAGCCCCCGCCGCGGAUCCCCACGCCCUUAGACUGCGAACGAGAGUGCAAGGCCGAAUGUAAAUCUGAAGUUGCAGACGAUGAGUUCGUCGGGCUCGACGAGUGCGCAGCGGCUCUUGAACGCGAUGCGGCUUCAGCAUUCCCCGGCCUCGCAGACCUGAUAGGUGAAGACGACGGCGAUGAUACGUUCGAGGACCUUAUCACUGAAAUAUCCGAGUACCCUGAGUUCAUGAAAGAUUUCGAUUUGGAUGCGGGAAAAUUUAAUGGAGGGGGUAUCGGCUUGGAGCCGCCUGAAGGGGAAACGGCCCCGAGACCGUACGGCGGGGGAGAGAUGUCACCGGCAGCUCAGACUUUGAAGCACAUGGCCGAGCAACACCAGCAGGCGACUGGCGGAGACUGGGCCCGCUACCGAGGCUACGGUUACCGUCCGCGACAUACGCCGCCUCCCAUCGAUCACUUGCAUAUGUCGCAGCAGCAACAGUUGCAUGUUACACAGCCACACCACAACCUACAGGUGUCGGCGGCGCAGCACAUGCAAGUGAGCGGCGCGGGGGGCGGCGGGCACGUGUCAGUGGCUGCCCAGCAGGGCAUGUACGCCAGUUUCCAGCACCAGGGCGCUCCGCCCCAGCAACACCAUCAAGGUAAUGGCUGCGAUUCGUAUUCAAUGUCACAAUCGCAGAGCAUCAAUUUCUCGCAAGCGAUGAGAGCGAGGCAGCCUAGCGCCGCCCAGCAGAACUCCACGCCCGGUCCUGGCCCCACACCGCUCGGUGUAGCAGCAGCGGGUAUAUCGCGAGAGCAACAAGCCAAAAUGCUGCAGCAACAGCAACAACAGAUGCUGCGCGCCCAGCAGCAGCAGAUGAGGCCGCCGCCGCCGGAAUACAAGGCGCGGUACGGCGGUGUGGGUGGCGCCGUGGGGGGUUCGGUUGGGGGGCCAGUGGGGGGCGCGGUGGGGGGCAUGCGUCGUGCGGCGCCGCGCCCCUACCCGCAACACCCGCGCCAGUACUCGCCCGAGUGGAGGCACGUGCUCAUGCAGCAGCAAGCUGCAUCCAGACAACAGUUCCCUCAUCAUCACCAAGGUUUCGGCAUGGGCGGUGGCAUGGGCGGCGGCAUCACCCAGCAACAGCAGCAACAGAUGCAGCUGCAGCAGGCGCGCUUGCAACAACAACAGCUCAUGCAGCAUCAGCAGCAGAGGACUUCAAGUCAACAGUCCCCUAUGUCCCAUCUCAUUAUGCAACAAAACCAAAUGAUGAGCGUGCAAGGACAGAUACCAAACAUCCACAUGAGCCAGUCUCAGAACAUGUCGAUGCAGCAGGGCGGGCUGGGAGGCAUGGGCGGCCACCAGGGCAACCCCAUGCACGCCCAGACCGGCCCCAUGCCGACCUCGAUGAUGGCCCAGAACGGUCCCGUGCAGACGCAGGCCAACGGACCUCAACAUUCGUUUCCCUCACUCCACAACACGUCUUCCUUCGCGGGACAAACUGCAGACUUCAACCUGGACUUCCUCGACAACAUGCCUUCCACUGACGCGAGCAACAUCACGGCCCAAGAGCUGCUCAACUCUAUAGACAAUUCGUUUUUGAACGACAUCCUUUAAGUAGUGUCCGCGUGCCCCCCCAACGCCCCGACCCCCGCGACUCGUGGCGGCGCGGCUCGCUAUGCGUUCGGAAACUGACCAAUUCGAAAUGUGACCAAAGUAAUGAAAUAGAAUUUAACCGCCAGCUUUCGGCUGGAGCGACGUUACCGGAGAGCCGGCGACAUUAAUAUCUCGAUGUAUCAUGUCUUGGACCAUGUUCUUUGUAGACUUUUUACUGUAAAAACAUCUUUGCUUAGUAUUUAUGACUAUUAUUAUUGUAAGUAGUUCUUUUACGUGUAAUCGAUCGUUCGUUCGACGUAGUGGUAGGGACGUAACUAUCAACGUUAGACUUAUACAUUCUCCUUUAAUCUAAAUCUUUAUUUUAGCUGCAGAGUAGCAUAAUGUAUAUUUAUUACAGAAUAUAUUAUGUAGUUUUUAAGGAGAUAGCACAAAAGACACUUCCCUAUUUUAUUAUUUGUUAAAUUAUUUAUCAAUGAACUCAGAUCGACGGGGCAAUACUUCGAAGUCUUCAUUUCGGAAAUCUCGUGUUGAAUGUUUUAUUUAUUUUCUUAUGAUUGGGACUUCCAUUCGUUGCUUCCUCGGGGCUAUCACAAAUUUUCGAAUCGAGUUUGUUGCGAGUGUUAUGCGAAUAGAGUUGCAUUCGGAAAGUGACCGAUAGUGAUGUCAGUACUAUGUGAUCUAUCAUUCUAAAAUGCUUUUCACUAUGGCUGAAUAUUGAUACUACUGAAAAUAUCGAUUUACAUGUUGUCGAGGUAGAGAAGCGGUACAAAGCUUUACAUUUGUCUGAUUUAAAAAAAAACAUUUUUUUUUUGUUAAAUAUAAUUUUUCUUAGUUUCGCUGGUUUAAAGUGUUUAAACACAUUCACCUAACAUAAGACACGAUGGUUUUAAUUUAAAAAUUGAUUUAAAAAAAAAAACGAAUCAGCCUUAUUGCAUAUGACAAUGCUGAACAUUUUCUUUAUACCAUUUUUUUAAUAGCGUAACGCAUAGCGUUUUAUUGUACAAAAAAAUAUUAUCGGAAAUAGUAUAUAUUUUUUUCAUAAAGGCUCUUACUUACCUGUGUCCUUUUCUGUAACCAAGACAAAGUGUAUGCAUAAUUAGACUAAUAUGGGUUAAGCAGCUAAAAUGUGUAAGCGAAAUCCACUUUCACAAUUUAUAAUAUUACAGUGUCUAUGUAUUUUAUAAUUAAAAAACAAACAAAAAAACGUUACAACAUUAAGCAACUGUAACUGUGACUGUGCUUAAAACAUAAAAAAUCUAUUUCCCGAUUUUUUAGAUAUUGAUCAGUACUGACAGUUCUGUAAUUUCUGAAUGCGCUCUCGAUAUGGCCACUGAGUUUCCUCUGAAGCCGCAGCCGUGUAGUCAGGAUCGGUUGGAAUGACGUAUGAUAUUAGUUAAGUUGAAAAUGUUACGAGAUGUUUGUGUGAGAGAGUGAAGCAGUCACGUUUGUAUCCGCCUCAAAACGACCCGACUUUUAUUUUAUAGUGCAAAUUGUAAAUUUAUAUUGGAGGAUUUUUAUCAUUCCUGUACCUAAGAUAUAAUAGUAGAUUAUACUGUGAUGUCGGUCUCAACGGUCAAUAGGUGAAUAUAGUAUCAAUUAUUAUAAUAAAUAUUUGUUAAUUGUUAAGGAUCUCAUUGUAUCAUUUUAGAUUGGGGUUUUAAGGGAUUCCGGGAAUAGCAGACCGUUAUGUCGUUUUAAUAGUAUUCUUUGAAUGAUGCGACUUCGGGUCACGCGAGAAUGGAAUGUCAAGUGUUUUAGUAUAUUUCGAAAUAUACUUGUAUUUGUCUUGUGUAAAUAAUUUGUGAUGGGGUUGUUAAACAACUUGUUCUAAAUGAAUUGUAUCUAAAUAUUAUUAUUGUUUGUGAAAUUAAUUAUAAAUUAAACAAAAUACUUCAGCUCUCUGUAUGUAGUAGAUAAAAGAAUCCACAGCUAAACCAAUUAUUGUGAAUGACAGUAACAUUCCAGAGCCAUUGUUAACAAUGUUUUAACUUUAGGACCAAUUUUUGAAUGUUCUUUUGAAAAUAAUAUUGCAUAUUGAACGAAAA